AGUAGUUUAGUCUAAUAUGAUACCUUGAUUAUGCGGCCAAAUGCAUGAAGCUUAGAAAAAUGAUUUAAAUUUCAUAGGUCACUCUUUAUUAUGAAAUGGUACUGUAAAAUUUUGUCAGAAUUUUCAUAUUUCAGAAACCAUGAUUUAUCUCUGGUUGCUCUUCUGGGCAUGUUUCAAUUUAAGCUACGCUCAACAAAAUUAUGACUACUCUGAGUGCUCUGCAGAUGAGAGUUUUCCAGGUUCAAGAUAUACUUGCAAUUCCUUCAAAAAUUCAUGCCAGACGUUCAUAGUUUACAGAGCUAACACACAAUUUCAGACUCUCUCAGAUAUCACUGCUUUGUUCCAGAUUAACUCCAAUGAGGUACUUCACUUGAACAAGCUUACAUCUUCUACAGAGAUACUCAAAUCAGGUAGAGAAGUUCUUAUUCCCAUUAAUUGUUCCUGCUCAGGCCAGUUUUUUCAGGCGAAUUUCAUUUAUACAGUCCCUGGAAACACAUCUUACUCGUAUAUUGCUUGCGGGGUCUUUGAAGGUUUACUAAAACCUCACUUACUUUCUACGGAAAACCAGACUCAAGAAAAUGGUCCUAAGAUUGGUUCUAAGCUUCAUGUGCCUCUGAAAUGUGCUUGUCCUGAUAAUAUUUCUGUUAGUGAAGGAGUAAAGUACCUGUUGACAUACCCUUUUGUAGAAAAAGAUGAGCUAAGCUUAUUGUGUGAGAAAUUUGGCAUCUCCCUUGAAGAUCUAUGUGCAGCUAAUCUUGUAGUCCCUAAACCUACUGUUUAUCCGACCACAACUUUCCUGAUUCCUCUGAAAUCAGAUCCGAAUAUAACUUUUGACAUUACAGAUUCAUCAGCCCCUCCUACUCCUGGUUUUCUUCCAACAAUUACCAUUCAGAAAACGAAUAAAGUAAAGUUAAAGAUUUUGUACAUUGUAGUAUCAGUUGUUGGGUUCACUUUGUUGCUUGUAGCAUUGCUUGCUUGUGGAUUGUAUGUAAAGGCCUUGCGAAAAUGGAAGGGUGGGAGGAUACAAUCAUUCAACACCAGAAGCUCUACUCAAGUUUCAUUUUCGACUCCGAGAAGCUCUCCUCGAUCUGUUCAAACUGGCCACAGCACUACAAAUUCAUGUUUAUCUCCGGAUCUCCUUGCGGGAAUAAAGUACUCUUUGUCAGGUUACAGCCUGGAGGAUCUCAAAAAAGCAACAAAAAAUUUUGGGGAAGAUACCAAAAUUGGAUAUCAGACCUAUAAAGGGAUGAUUGAUAAUGUUGAAGUGAUGAUCAAGCAGAUGAGAUUUGAAGACACUCGGCAGGCAAUCGAUGUAAAUUCGAAGAUCAAUCACAUAAACAUAGUGAGUUUACAUGGAGUGUGCUAUGGAGAUAGUGACUUUUCUUGGUCAUAUGUUGUGUUUGAAUUCCCUAAGAAUGGUUGCUUAAGGGACUGCUUGUCUAAUUCAUUAACUCUUCUUAAUUGGCAUAAAAGAACACAGAUAGCUUUUGACAUUGCCACAGGCCUGCAUUAUCUGCAUCAUUGUAUCUUCCCAACCUAUGCACACAUGAGUGUAAGUUCUAGGAAUAUAUUUAUAACAUCAACUUGGAGAGCAAAACUGUCAAGUAUUGAAACAAACCAUGCUGUUGGAUCAUCAAAAGGAAGCGAUAUUUUGGCAGGUUUGAAAGCAUGUAUAGCACCAGAAUACCUGUUCAAUGGCUCAGCUUCGGAAAAGGUAGACAUAUUUGCAUAUGGGGUAGUGUUGCUUGAGUUGCUUUCUGGAAGAGAGGACAUAGAUGGAAAAUUCUUGAAGGAGUGCAUUGGAUUUUUGGGAGGGGGAGGUAGUGAAGGUGGUUGUUUUGAACAAUUGAGGAGUUUCAUGGAUCCUUCUCUUAAGGAGGAUUACCCUCUUGCUGAAGCUUUAUGUCUAGCAGUUCUAGCCAAGGCUUGUGUGGAAGAUGACCCUUCGCAUAGGCCAUCUAUGGGUGAUAUCAUGAAAGUAGUUGGCAGAAUGGUAUGACUGUAAUAUUGAAGACCUUUUUUAAUCAAAAUUUUCAUCUCUUUUUCAUUCCUUCCGAUGUUGAGAUAGACUUUGGUUUCUUUAUGUACAUACUGGUAUACUAUAUGCAAUGUGAUUAUUUUACUUCUGUUUUCCAGUUGAAAUGAGAUUGUUAAUUCAAUGAACAGUUGAAGAGAAUGCAUUGUAGAUAGAAACAUCAAUGAACAGUUUUUAUUUCGUCA